AAGGGUUUUACCCGGGGUUUGGCGGCACCCGUGCUUGCGGAAAACCCUCCCCAGCCGCGCCUCAUCGUCGUCCAACACUUUGCGCCGUCCGAUUGCUCCUUCCCGCCCCUCCGGCCAGCGUCCGCUGCCUCCAGCGUCGAUCAACCAGGCCUGCUACUCUUUUAUUACACCGUCAGGAAAAACACUGCGGACGGCAGAUUUUUGUCCGCUUUUUUGAAAAAGCGUCAGCGAACAAUCACGCACGCCCGGGCCCUGAAGAUCUCGAAGCCCGCGGUGGAUCAUUUUUGUGCCUGUUAGGGCAUUACGUCUUUCUUUCACAAGCAGGUCGCAGCUUCCGCCUUCUCCCUCCCCUGCGACAGUGGACGCCAUCGGCGGUAGCACGCCCAUCCGACAGGCCUUUUGGUCUUCUGUUGAUGAGGAUGAGGGGAAGCCUUCCAUUGCCAGCGGCAAGGACCCGUCCGUUCUGUGAGUUUUGGGAGUAGAUGACGUUAGGCAAACGUAUCCGAUGAACCGCCGCUUUGCUAUUUAUGAUAUAUAGAUACAUAUGACUGAUUGUUCCGUGAAUGUUGCUUUGCUGUAUAUGCGUGCACUAUCUUUUCCUUUUUGGUGUAAUCUUGAAAUUAGGCUCUACGUGUCCUUAGGCAGAUUAAGUUGAGCACAAUCAUGUGACUGAUUUGCUGCUGGAUGUUAGUGAGGUUACAGUAGUACUGGCGUGCCUAAAUCAGUGGUUAAGCUACCUAAUGAACUUUUAGAAGAUCUUAUCUUUGCACAAAGAUACCUAAAUCAUUUACACGAGAACCAUUUCCUCAAUCUUUAGAAGUUUAUUGAACAAUUUGAGGGUAGUUCGUCGUCGGGAGUUGAUCUUCCUGAACUAAAAAAAGAAGAAGUCAUGUUCAUGAAUUAAAUUUGUUCACCAAUCUAGGAAGCUUAGAAUCGUUAUGGAUCUCUUCCUAUGACUUAUUUGUUUUCUAGGAGGAUCUACUAAAACCUUUACUACAAGGUUAUGUAGAACUCCUUUAAGUUUCAUGCAUGUUAGUUGUUUUGAUCCAUUAUGUCAAUGUGAUAUACAUAGUCGAUUUGGAAUGCAAUCUUGAGUUGAUGAAAUUCAUCUCAAGUGUGCUCGAAAAACUGAUAGUUUUGUAUAAGUUAUCUCCGCGGUACGCUUGGGAGGCCUGCGUACCGGUACUGGUACGCCGGUACGCGGUGGUACGUUUGGAUCUAGUUUCGGGUCGAAACCAGAUCCAAACCAUAAUUCGAUCCGGGAAAAAAAAAACGUAAACCUAACGCCCUGUUUGGUUGGAGGGAAAGGGAGGGAAAGGAAAGGGAAGGGAAGAGAAGGGAAGAGAAAGGGAAGGGAAGGGAAUGAAAUGGAAAGAUGUGAUUAUAAAAGCUUGUUUAGAUAAAAGUGAAUUGAAUGAAAAGGAAAUGAUACAAUUUAUAAUAAUACCCUCAAUAGUCAAAAGGUUGGGAGACAUGGAGAAAAAAAACGUGGAAGGGUAUUGUGGGUAGUCAACACUUUUGCACUUACUCCCUUUCCUUUCCCUCUCAAUCCGUCCGAUUUGGGAGGGAUUGGAUUUAGACUAUACAAUCAUUUCUUUUCCUUUCCUUUCCUUUCCCUCUCCUACCAUCCAAACAUACUUUCUCUCUUUCCCUCCCUUCUAAUUAGCCAACCAAACACAGGAGAGAUUGCUCAAUCCCUCCCUUUCCCUCCCUUUCCUUCCAACCAAAUAGGCCCUAAGUUCCUAAUUUUUUUGCCCGACGCUCGUCUUCUUCUCCGGUUCUCCAUCUCUGCCUCUGUUUCUUCUGAAAAGCUUCGACGACCGGUGGCGGUGACGGCGACGGACGACCAGUGGACGGCAACCAGCAACGGAGGCGACGGUGGGUGCUUGCCUUGAGCGGCGACGGUGGGAGGAGCUCCCAAACGACGUCUGAAAUCAUUUUGAUUUCGCAGAAAAGGGUGAUCACACAGAGUAGGAGAAUUGGGGAUUCCACUGACACAUUGACGUAUUGCUAACAGAGAAGAUGGAGGUGGAGAAGCAGGAGGUGGUGAAUAAUGUUAUGUGUCAACUGACGGACCCUGAGGGGAACCCACUUGGCAAAGCCCUCUAUCUCCCACAGGAUGCUGGGCCACUUCAGCUGAUGGAACUUGUCAAUUCACUCCUCAAGAACGAGGAAAAAUUGCCAUAUGCAUUCUACAUAUCGGAUGAGGAGCUUGUUCUGCAGAUUGGAUCUUAUCUACAGAAAAAGAAACUUUCUGUGGAGAAAGUGCUACAAAUUGUUUACCAACCUCAGGCAGUUUUUAGAAUUCGUCCAGUCAAUCGGUGUUCAGCUACCAUUCUUGGUCAUGCUGAGGCUAUACUUUGUGUAGCUUUUAGUCCAGACGGAAAGCAAUUGGCUAGUGGUUCUGGUGAUACAACUGUUCGUUUUUGGGACAUAGCUACUCAAACACCUCUCUUUACUUGUACAGGGCACAAAAAUUGGGUCCUUAGCAUCUCAUGGUCACCAGAUGGCAAGCACCUUGUCAGCGGUAGUAAGGCUGGUGAGCUGCACUGCUGGGAUCCACAGACUGGGAAGCAAUCUGGGAACCCGCUGACAGGACAUAAAAAGUGGAUAACUGGGAUCGCAUGGGAACCUGUGCAUCUACAAUCUCCUUGCAGACGCUUUGUGUCUUCUAGUAAAGAUGGAGAUGCACGCGUUUGGGAUGUUGUAACAAGAAAGUGUGUCUUAUCUCUUAGUGGACAUACACUUGCUGUAACCUGUGUCAAGUGGGGUGGGGAUGGACUGAUAUAUACCAGUUCGCAAGAUUGUACAAUCAAAGUGUGGGAGACAAACCAAGGAAAGUUAGUUCGUGAACUGAAGGGCCAUGGGCACUGGGUUAAUACUCUUGCUCUGAAUACGGAAUAUGUGCUUCGUACGGGUGCAUUUGAUCAUACCGGAAAACAAUAUUCUUCCCCUGAAGAAAUGAAAAAGGUUGCUCUUGAGCGGUACACUAAAAUGAAAGGAAAUGUUCCUGAACGACUAGUUUCUGGAUCAGAUGAUUUCACCAUGUUUCUCUGGGAGCCUGCCAUUAGCAAACAUCCAAAGUCUCGAAUGACAGGUCACCAACAGCUUGUAAACCAUGUAUGUUUCUCACCUGAUGGACAAUGGGUUGCUAGUGCUUCUUUUGAUAAAUCUGUUAAGCUAUGGAAUGGGACAACUGGCAAUUUCGUAGCUGCUUUUCGAGGACACGUUGGACCAGUAUACCAAAUAAGUUGGUCUGCUGAUAGUCGACUUCUGUUAAGUGGAAGCAAGGAUUCAACACUUAAGGUUUGGGACAUGCGGACAAAGAAACUGAAAAUGGAUCUUCCAGGUCAUGCGGAUGAGGUAUUUGCUGUUGAUUGGAGUCCGGAUGGGGAGAAGGUGGCAUCAGGAGGCAAGGACAAGGCUAUGAAGUUGUGGAUGAAUUGAAGUGAGCUUUCUGAUUGUUGGAAAUCCAAAAUGGUUCGAAGCCAAUAUUGUCAUAGGCGUGCCGCGUGCUCUCCGUCGUGCUAAAUGGAUACAACGCGUGGGACAUUUUUUCAGUUGGCCUUGGUUUGUCAUUCCUCUUUAUGCAGAGUUGUAAUUAUACGAAAAUAUAUUGUUAAGAGGGUUUUUUAAACCUUAAAAGGAAGGGGGGAAAAGACAACUGGAGGAAUCCAACUGAAGCAAUUGUUAAGGAUAAGGGUACCUUAGAGAAUAACUUCUCCAGGUUAUCAAACGUGCACUAAAAGAUACUUGCAUUCCUCAGC